GAUGGGCUAGACCCAAAGAAAGCACAUCUUUGCCUCCCUAGUACCUAAAGAGAAACUGUUUUUUUUCUCCUUCCUCCCGACUCUAAGCUUUCUGCUCUAUGAAACUGUCACCUGCCAGUUACCCAGCAAGACCAGCCGGUUCAGGAAAGGGGGAAGGAGGUGGUGGGGAGAAAAGGAAAGCAGUUAUGGAAGAGAAGCAGGGAAACUGAGAAGAGGAGACCAGCAGGGCUGGAUUGACUGUGAGGCAAACCGUAUCUGCUUAUCCGGUGUAGACUGGCUGAUUCUGCAAGUGCCCUAUGCUGCGGUGUUCGAGGGCGAACCGCUGGUUAUGCGCUGCCGCGGCUGGUACGACAAGGUGGUCUACAAGCUUCACUACUACCACGACGACCAGGCUGUACGCUAUUUCCACUCUAGCACCAACUACACAGUGUUGCAGGCGCGUGCGAGCGACAGUGGGCGUUACCAGUGUUCUGGCACCAUGCGCAUCCCGGUAGAGAGCGCGCCCAUGUUCUCCGCCAAGGUGGCUGUGACCGUGCAAGAGCUGUUCCAGACGCCGGUGCUGAGGAUUAUGCGCCCUCAAGAGAUCCGCGGCUCAGCGCACCGCAGAGUGGUCCUGCGCUGCGAGACGCGCCUGCACCCACAGAAGCGCGACACGCCACUGCAGUUCGCCUUCUACAAGUACAGUCGCUCUGUUCGCCGCUUCGACUGGGGCUCUGAGUACAUGGUCCCAGAGCCCGAGGUAGAAGAGCUUGAAGCGUACUGGUGCGAGGCGGCUACCGCCACUCGCAGCGUCCGGAAACGAAGCCCGUGGCUGCAACUCCCAGGGCCCGGCUCCCCCCUGGAUCAGGCGUCCACCACCGCUCCAGCCCCACAAGCUGCAGCCUUCGCUCCAGGUAACAAGCCGUUCUCCUUCAGAAAGCCCCCAGUGUCCAGAUCGGUCCAGUCCGUCACCUCCGUCCCAAACGCCACCUUAGCUGGGCUGCAGUUCCCAGGAGGCAGCGCCCCCACUGUUGGGUCACCCGCCUGCGCUCCGCCGACGCUCUUGGAACAAUCCGCUGGAGCUCUGAAACCCAAUGUAGACCUUUUGCUCCGAGAAAUGCAGCUGCUCAAAGGCCUUUUGAGCCGGGUGGUUCUGGAAUUGAAGGAGCCACAAGUCCUCCCAGAGUUCAAGGGAACACCCGAAACCCCCACUUCCCACUUUGCUUUGAGCCGGGGAACCCCCGAGACGACUCCAGUGGAGAGCUGAAUUACGGAUACCUUCCUCUCUCCAGGUUCAUUUUCCCAGAUCUCUCCUACUUCCCCUAGCGCGCAGACCUCUCUGAGCUAUCUCUGCGUCCCUUUGUUUUUUGUUUGUUUGUUUUUGUUUUUUUUUUUUGUUUUGUUUUGCUGUGGUUUUAAAAGACGUCCGUAUAAAGUGUGGUGGUUGAUGAUUUCGACUUCACACAGCAGCUAGUAACCACAAGCAUUGUCUUUGAUGUGUUCCUUCUCACAGAAUUCCGUUUGGGAACAUGUUAUUUUACUUCAUUGUAGUUUCCUUUUGGAGUGAAUUUAGUCAUCCUUAGCUAAUAUUAAGUCUAACAUACGUAUUUCGGCACAAGUCAUUUUUUGGUAAUUAAAUUCAUUGAGGUCACUAAAAAACAUUAGAACAUUUUGGGAUUAAGAUGGAAUUAUUAAUAAUUAUUUUACUUCUCUGUUAAUAUUAAAGACUUUCAGCCUUAUUACUGAUGUGUUUAUAUCUUCAAAGUUAUGGGUUCUAAUUACUUUUAGAGUGGGAAAGUAUUCCAUUCCUAAGUUAUGAAGGUCGGCGUUCACCUAGAUGCACCCCCUGUCCCCACACACACCCCUUGCCCGCAUGUAGCCACUGAUGGGCUCUGGGAGCACCAGGCAGGUGGGCCACACUAAUCUUAAUGAAAAAUUAAACAAGUGGUAUCUUUUGCAUUGAGACAUCUCUUUGAAGAAAGUUUUAAAACAAAUCCUCAAAAUUGCUGAAUCCACAUUUUUAGCAGCAUUUUUCUUCUUUAAAAACCAUUUUAACACUAACACACAGCUAUAUAAAUGUGUUCAGAUCUAGAUCCCACCCUAUGUGGAGACUUUAUGAAGGAAGAAAAAUGGGAAGUCAUCUCAAUUACAAUUUUAAGAGUUUUCUCACUGAAAGUCUAAUUUCCACAGCUCCUCUGUCUACUCUAGCCAUGGAUUCUCUGCAGAGCUGGUAUGACUUGAUCUAAAGAGUUCUUAUUCUCUUUAGAUCCACAUCCUUCUUCAAUUAAGUUUACCUGUGAAAGCUGAGAACUAAUAACAAUUGUUUUCCACCAUUCUUUACUUGUGUUUUAAAGAUUUUCAGUCAUAUUCCAUUUUCCAUUUCUUUCUGAAUGAUUAAAAUAACAUUCACACUUUUCACCAUAUUAUUCUUAAAAUCACUCUUCACCAUAUUGUUAUUACAAAGUCACUGUAAUUAUCCAGGGAAUCAAGCAGGUGCACACAAAUUAUAAUGCAAUGUGAUGAAUGCUCUGUGAAAAAACCACAGGAAUUCAGAAAAGGAACUGGACCUUGAAAAAAGAGCAAGAAUUCACCAAGAGGAGAUGUGAGACAGAUUGAGGGGUAGGGCAAAUAGGCUGAGAAUCCAAAGGCAUAGGAACAUGAAAGACUGUUGUGUAUUUGUGGACCUACAAAUAGCUGGGAGAGGUUAGAGAAUUCUGUGUGUUUAUGUGUGGGGGAUUGUAUUUGGGGGGGGGGGGGAGGUGGCAGAGACAAAUAUAGAAAAGUAGGAUGGGAUCAGAACAUGAGUGUCUUGUUUAAAAGUACUUGUUUGAUAUGUUGGAUGGAUAUUUGGAAACAUUCCUGGUUUGAGAGCCUCAAUAAGUCACUGGAGGACAUGCUAAUGUAAAAUUAGCUAAGAAGAAUCAAAUAAACUGAUCUCAGUGAA